UUUUUCUCUUUUCUUACUUUUCUUCUUUUUCUUAUACCUUUUUUUUUUUCUUUUUAUUAUUUUUUUUAUCGAUAAAAAAAUACUGUAAUUUAUAAUAAUACAUGACAUCUGGAACUCAUAUUUUUCAACCUUGUAUAGAUGAUGAAAUUCAUUUGAAUCCAAGGGAAUAUUCAUUGAUGAUGCUCCAACAACCAAGCCGUGUGCGGAUUAGUACUCAUAAAGAAAAAGGACGAAAGACUUUAGAUCCUCCUCCCAUUGUACAGAUUCAUUUACCAUGUUUGACAGAAGAAGCCUACUUGAACCAAUUACAAAGUCCUUGUUUAUUUAUGUGCGCCAAUUUAACUCAUCCUGAAAACGACAAUGAUAUUUAUACUCCCAACCAUAACGCUCUCUCUGGUCAAAUCGUUUCUUCUCUAUAUAAGCUAAGAAAUGAUCAAAAUCAAGUUGGUGGUUACUUUUUAUUUGGUGACAUAUCUGUCAAGGUUAGUGGUAUUUUUCGUUUAAAAAUGUCACUUUUUGAACUUACUAGUCAAGGAGCUGUUUAUCUAUCAUCCUUAUUUUCCAAACCAUUUACUGUGUAUUCUGCAAAAGAAUAUCCUGGUAUAUUGGAACCUACUGCAUUAUCCAGAUUAUUUUAUUCACAAGGUGCAAAAUUACGUCUACCAAAGGAUUAUACUCAUCAAAGCAACAAUACUCGAAAACGUAAACUGAAUAAUGAUGAUGAUGUUGAUGAUGAAUGUGAUGAUACAAGAAUCAUAAAACAUCGUACACCAUUAGAUAUACCAUCGUGCAACAUAGAUCAUCAUACAACAAUUAAUAUCGGAAUGGAAAGACGCCAAAGUAUGACCAGCACUGAAAAUAGCGGAAGUCCUCAAUCAAUGUAUACUCCACUAUCACCAUUACAGGAAUUAUUACCUUUUUCAACAAAAUCAAAUCCCAUGAUUAUAUUACCACCCAUUAAAUUUGAAUUAUUCGGUAGCGUAUCAUCAUGGCAACAGGAUAACGACAGAAACGAUGAUUCGAUACUUUUACCACCUCUUCAUUCACUUCAUUCUUCCAAUUCUUCAUUAUUGUAGUUUUAUUCAUUGUUACAUAUACUUUAUUAUUUUUUUUCUUUAUAUAUUUGGCAUUAGUUUGAUUUAUUAUUCUUUACACUUGUUAUAUAUUCCCCCCCUUCUCUCGUUUUUUUUUUACGUUAAUAAAAAUAAAAAAUAAAGUCUUUUUUUUUGUGAACC